AUGGAUCUCCAUUCUGUGCUAAACGAUUUCUCGAACAGUUGGAAAAACGACAAUAACAGUGUCGACUUCGGGAUCAAUUACAGCAGCAAUUAUGGGAAUAAGUCUAGCAGCAGCCACAGCAACAACUACGGCAAUAAUCACGGUGACAACUACAACAAUAACUACGAUAGCUACUGCAGAAACAACUACAAGAGCAACUAUAAGAGCAACUACAGCAGCGACUACAUAAACAAGAGCCACUGCAAAAGCCAACAGAAGCGUCAAGAUGCCGUUGACGGGUUGCUUGAAUCUCGACUAGCGUGUUUAACGAUAGGAGAAACUGGUGUUGUGGACGUCGAUAGUCGCUCAACAGCUCCGGAUGAACCGGCACCAACGUCCAGUCCCAAUACUGUUCAAGAGGCGCCAACAAAGUCUCCUGAAGAACCGAUAUGGCCUGAAUUCGGUUUCUCUGAUGAGCCGAAGAGCCAGGUUUCGAGAGACAGAUUCGGCCAUUUGAUGCAAAGCCCCUCUUCAUCGUCAGAUUUCGAAUCACCCGAUGAGACUUCUUGCACAACACCAGAAUCAGAUUCAGACAACGAAGCCGACAGCUUAGAGAUCCGUCCUACAAGGUUGCCUGACUCAGAUGUCUUCGUCAAGCCCAAGAUUCCCAAAGAACUCCGACUACUGGUCGAUGAUAGCGAGAAGGAUGAUGUCGAUGAAGAGGACGCCCGGAUGCACUCGGCAUUACGGCACACUGGAAGCAGACAAGUGAAAGGAGAUUGGACCUCGAUUUUGACUUCCCCGUCUCUGCGCCAACCGAGAAGGAAAUCCAAGAAAGCAAAAGCAGACGGAUCUCUGCUGGCUUGUCCGUAUACAAAGCACGACAAUGCCACUCAAGAGCAGUUGUAUCGAUGUCGACGCAUGGCCUUUCAAGAUACCCACAGGCUAAAGGAACAUCUCUACAGAGUCCACCGCCAGAAACCACACUGCACCCGAUGUGGCGAAAUCUUUGCUUCGAAAGCUGACCUGGAGCCGCACUCUCGCUUGCAAGAGGUGUGCAAUCUCGCCGAAGCCAUCCAUAUUGAAGGGUUUACUUCAACCCAGGAAGAUGAGUUGAAAAGCAAGAAACGCAAGCGUAAUUUGAAAACAGAGGAGGACAAGUGGGCGAAUAUCUUUCGAAUCCUAUUCCCAACAUGUCCCAAAAUGCCGGAUCCUUACUAUCGUAUUACUUCAGAUGAUCAUCCAAAGGGUUUCACCAUGGACCAGAGCGAUGUAGAGAGUAUCUUCGCCGAUGACGUCCCAAGCGAACUGGAGGAGCGUACAUUCUCAAGACUUGAAGCUAUCAGCGGAGGAUUAGACGACGAGCAACGCCGAGAGGUCAAGAGCAUUUUCAAAGACUUCACAAGCGAAAGAGUGCGCCAGAUCACAGAAAGGACAGAUUCGGUCAGCGAAAACGCGGAGACUACGGAACCUCGAGGCGUUCCGUCCCCCGAGAAAAGUCUCCACAAAAAUGCCGUCAGUGACGAGACCUUCAUCGCAAUCGCCGACCCCAUUGGGCUUGAGGGACGAAUUCUAUCGGUGUUGGAGCCAGAGCCGGUGCACGAGGACGUGCCAUCUCAACAAGGGUUACCAGGGGCACCCCCUGAGUCCGAAAAUGAUAUGCUUGAGAAAGCUUUGGCGGCAUGGAACGAAGCUGCUGUUCAAGGAUGGGACUGUGGAUUGACGAAGGGCAAUGGCCUGAACGGGCUUGUCGGUGCGUCGCACGUAACUCAAAGCGACGUGUCAAACUUGCUAUUCGACUUUAAUUUCAUAGACGACUUUCAGGUUGCGGUCGAUGAUAACCAUCCAGCAUUCAACCCGUUUGGUGGAUUUCCUUCGUGGCAAGGGGCUUGGAAUGGUUCGUUUGCUCAUUGA